AUGGCAACAUGCGGCCUGUGCAGAUUCUAUCUUCUUGACCCCUACGGAUACCGGACCAUGAUACCAUAUUACCCUCAUCCUAGCAUCAGACUUGGAUUACCACCCCACUAUCGCGAUGCCCGCAACUAUCACGUUGAAUGUAUCGGCUUCCUUUAUCGGUCUACAGGCCAAUAUGACAUAUUGAGAUAUCCCAUUGCUAUCGCAACUAUGCGUGAGCCGUAUUUCGAGCGACCACCUGCUUCUUUCGAAAAGAACCGCCGUAUCUGGCUAGAAUCUUCCUAUGCGCGAAUCCUCUACAUCGCAUUUGAUUACAGACUCCCACCGAUAGUUUGCAAGAUGAUCGCAGCUGACUUUACUCAAGAACGGGCCGUUCAAAUCGUUCGCGACGCGUGGUUGCGGUCUGAGAAUACCAGACCGGCUUCACUGUCUAUGACUAUAGAAGCCGAUAUGGCCCUCUGGGCUCAAUACAUGGGGUUCGAAGGGAAUCGAUACAUCAAGUCGCUCUCGUACAGUUCAAAAGGGGGGCCCGAGGUGAAGAUCUUUGAAAGGCAGGGCGGGACUCCUUUGAACAUAUUCAUUGCUCACAACCACUUGGGUGUCGUCAACAUCAUUGCGACUACCGGUGAAACCGUCCCCAAGAUUGAUCAAAAGGCAAACCACUGGUGGACCAUACUUUCCUCACCAAGCGGGCCCUUCAGCUUCCAAGGCAGAUUCGACGCGAGUACAAGUUCUCGAAACGCAUGUGAUAUGUGGAGCCGUUAUAACACUCGAUGGUCUACGCUACCAGUACGUAUCAAAUCUGUGCUAAAGCCAUUGACUGGCUUGUAUCAAGGCAGCCACUUUGACAUUGUGCGGGCUGUUGAUUGGAACAAGCCAGGCAUCAAAGGCUACUCUUUCUGCCUUCGUGAUGAUACUAUCCUGAGGAUCAUUCCCGACGACGGCAGCAAGCCAGUCGACUACGAUCUCCGUGGAGGUUGGCAUCUAGAACACCCAUGGUUUUAUCUACCGAUGGAUGACGAUGAAAGAGUUUCCGAGUUCUGGAUUCGUAGGUGUGCUGGAUGGCGUGGCGCUUCUGUUACACUCAUCAUCCACACAAAUAGGGGACGUAGCCUCACACUGGGAAGCUCGUCAGCGUCUCAUUCACCAGAACUCCCUCCGUUCAGCCCGAUAUAUCGCUUUCUUGGGACAUUACCAGAAGAUGAACCUUGCCGCGUGUUCUACACAGCUGGAAUCCAAGGUCCCGGUUGGUUCUUCUUCGAAAAGAUCCUUUACUAUCCUCUGAAUGAGUAUAUUCAGCCUGGUUUAUGGUUGCCAAAUACCCAGCUUUCGGCACGCGAGUUCUACUACACAUCCGCCAACCUAGAGGGGGUCAGGGAGAUUACCCCAUGUCAUUCCUGGUGGGUGGAUUGUAGGAGCAUCAUUACAGGGUUUCUCUUAGAGUACAUCGACGGAUCUCGAAGAUCUGUCGGCCAGGUGCGUCUUGACUACUUGGGAACUCCGAGGCAGGCAAAUACAGAGACCCUGUUGAUCAGGUUCCUAAGAAGGGAAGACCCUGGAACUAUCGCGCGAUGGUACACUGGUAUCGAAUCAUUUGGCUUUGUCAAUACGAUUCCCCAGGAUGAAGAAGAAGGCUGCUACCUAGGAGUGCCAAUGAGGGGGCGACUCGACUGGAUCGUGUGCGCCCACGAGUCCCGUAUAACUCACCAUCGGAACGCUAAACCACGAGACGAGAUGCGCCAUGUGUUGGCCUACGAGAAAAGUCGAGGCAUCACCCGCUUAAACCCAGUCUGUCGGCCACUUUCGAAGGUUUUUGGGGAAACAAAGGUGCUCACGAUCCAUCGAGGUUUAAAUGGUCAUGAGAUCAACAGCGCCCGACGACUUCAGCCGGAAGGUCGGCGGUGGUGA